AUGCAGUCCUCAUCUAUGGAAUUGUCAGAGGAGCUCACUUCGGCCCUUGCUGCGGGACGGUGGUGGGCGAUUAUGGAGGUUUCAGACCCCAUCCCUGACGACUAUGAGUACGACUUCUCCGUCUCAGAGGAGUGGGGGCAAACAAAAGAGGCAGGAGCAACAUCAAGUUCCUCAUCCCUGGUCUUAUCUGAGAAGGCUCAUUUCCUACACUCCGGCAUCUCAGAUGAAACACUGAAGACCAUACCGGAGUGGAGACAGAAGAGGACGCAGGGGGCACACUUCUCUUCUAGAUACAGACAUGAAGCGCCUGAGCCCGUGAGAUCCUGGCCUGUGCCCGUGAGAUCCUCGCCUGUGCCCGUGAGAUCCUGGCCUGAGCCCGGACCAGCUGCUAGGUCCCCAAAGGAAGCGCCUGUCCCCAGAGGUUCCCAACAAAGAGGAAAACUGAGGAUCCCUCAACAUUUAACGAAACAUCUCAUAAAGGCCUCUAUUGAAACACCCAUUCCCAUCCAGUCUCCUCAGAGGGUACCAGUGUCUGCCUCAAAGGUGCUCACUUACUCCUCUCAUGGAGCACCUAUGCAGAAGAUCGAGCCUCUGACUUGUGCUCAGGCAGCACUUGUCAUUAAAAAGAUCUCAGAGAGGAGAAAUGCAACAAACCCUGAGCUGCGGAGGCAAAAUUCGCAAAAUGCACCAGAGGCCGAGUCUUCCGUAAAACUGAGGAUCCCGAAGCAGAGGGAGAAGGUCAGGGAUUGGUCGGAGCGUCAGCAGAGGCAGAACAACAUCCGAAAGGGAGUUUCUGACAGUGCCGGAGUGGACAGGUCAGCCUCACAAAAAAAGCAGCGGAUGGCGAUCACAGUCAACGACCUACAGUCGGUUCCAGGCGGCGCAGACCAAAUGGACUGUUUCUGUUGCUUAUUUGAAAAAUGUUGUGUCAUUUAA